UCAGUUAAGCAUCUGCCUUUGGCUCAGGUCAUGAUCCCAGGGUCCUCAGAUUGAGUCCUGCAAGGGGCUCCUUUCUCGUCAAGGAGGCUGCUUCUCCCUCUGCCUGCCUCUCCUCCUGCCUGUGCCCUCGUUCUCUCUGACAAAUAAAUAAAAUCUUUAAAAAAAAAAAAAAAGAAUCCAGCAAUGGUGGCAGAGCUAGGAGGACAACACCAUCCACGGCUCUGGCCCCUCACAUCCUUAAGCCCAGUCUUUUGCAGAUCCUGGCCCCAGCAUCUCUGUGCCCUCAAGCACUCCAGGCUGGGCUUGAGCUCAGCUUGGGUGCUGCGUUACAAUUUGAAUAAUUCAGGUCCCAGUAACCUGAGAUGUCAGUUUCAGUUGCUCUGUUCCCAUGGGCACAGAUGUCCCAAUCCUGUAAAUAAGCUAAUGAAAAGGGCAAAGGGGAGGGGCCUGCAGCCCUGGGCCUCAGAGGGCUCAGAGCUGAUGGAGAGUCCCUGCCCCUGUCCUGCUGAGAAUGUGCCAGGCUCAACCGGAGUCCAGGUAUCGUCCACACCAUCCUUGCCAGCAAAGCCUGAUGCUGCCCUCAGUCAGGCCACGAGGGUCACACCCAGAGACCUGCCCUACUUCUUGCUGUGGCAGGGCCAUGGGGCCCAGGAGCCACCACCGCAGCCUCGGCAUCUCUGUCUCCAGCCUAGGCCUUCUGUUUCUGUUCUCACUGCUUCCAGAGUGCUUGGGAGCCGAGGGAAGGCUGGCUCACAAGCUGUUUCGUGACCUCUUCGCCAACUACACAAGUGCCCUGAGACCUGUGGCAGAUACAGACCAGGCUCUGAACGUGACCCUGGAGGUGACAUUGUCCCAGAUCAUUGACAUGGAUGAGCGGAACCAGGUGCUGACCCUGUACCUGUGGAUCAGACAGGAGUGGACAGACGCCUACCUACGAUGGGACCCCAAUGCCUAUGGUGGCCUGGAUGCUAUCCGCAUCCCCAGCAGUCUCGUGUGGCGACCAGACAUCGUGCUCUACAACAAGGCGGACGCACAGCCGCCGGCCUCCGCCAGCACCAACGUGGUUCUGAGGCACGACGGCGCCGUGCGCUGGGACGCGCCGGCCAUCACGCGCAGCUCGUGCCGCGUGGACGUGUCGGCAUUCCCGUUCGACGCGCAGCGCUGCGGCCUGACGUUCGGCUCGUGGACGCACGGCGGGCACCAGCUGGACGUGCGGCCGCGCGGCGCCGCCGCCAGCCUGGCCGACUUCGUGGAGAACGUGGAGUGGCGCGUGCUGGGCAUGCCGGCGCGGCGGCGCGUGCUCACCUACGGCUGCUGCUCCGAGCCCUACCCCGACGUGACGUUCACGCUGCUGCUGCGCCGCCGCGCCGCCGCCUACGUGUGCAACCUGCUGCUGCCCUGCGUGCUCAUCUCGCUGCUCGCGCCGCUCGCCUUCCACCUGCCGGCCGACUCGGGCGAGAAGGUGUCGCUCGGCGUCACCGUGCUGCUGGCGCUCACCGUCUUUCAGCUGCUCCUGGCCGAGAGCAUGCCACCGGCCGAGAGCGUGCCCCUCAUCGGGAAGUACUACAUGGCCACCAUGACCAUGGUCACGUUCUCCACAGCGCUUACCAUCCUUAUCAUGAAACUGCACUACUGUGGUCCUAGUGCCCGACCAGUGCCAGCCUGGGCUCGGGUCCUCCUGCUGGGACGCCUGGCACGGGGCUUGUGUGUGCGGGAACGAGGGGAACCCUGUGGGCAGUCUAGACCCCCUGAGUCACCCCCCAGUCCCCAGCCUCCUGACGGAGGUGCUCGUCCUCCACCAGUUGCUUGCCAUGAACCGCGGUGUCUGUGCCGUCAGGAAGCCCUACUGCACCACGUAGCUACGAUCGCUAACACCUUCCGCAGCCACCGGGCUGCCCAGCGCCGCCAUGAGGACUGGAAGCGGCUGGCCCGUGUGAUGGAUCGCUUCUUCCUGGGCAUCUUCUUCUCCAUGGCCUUGGUCAUGAGCCUCCUGGUGCUGGUGCAGGCCCUGUGAGCCCCCGGGGUCCGGUGCAGCCACAGCCCUUCCAGACAGGGAUGGAAAGGCCAGGUGGUUGUUGACUCUCUGGUAGGCAACCCAGUCUCUCCCCACUGUGCCUGAGAGCCUGGGACACCCUCUCUCCAGAAUCAGCGCUGCUGACUUCACAAACCACAGGGAUCAGUUGUCCAUAUACCCUAAACUUUAAGGGAAAUUCAGAGCUUGCCACUCCUCUAAUUCCUACAGAAGAGGAACUCUAACAAGGGCCAAGAUCAAAACACAGUCCUGGAGGGACAGAAUUGAAUUUUGACGCUGUGUGUUAGAGCUUUUUGUGGCGAGAGUGCAGGUUAUAUGAGAAACAGAACAACCAUCUUUCCUUGUCUUCUCUUCCUUCCUUGGUGGUUGUUGUGUUAGGGACUUGAUCUUGCCUGUUGCUGCCUAGGGACUCCGGGAAGGGGAUUCAGGAUUCAUUCUCUCUUUUCCGGAGCAGGAGACCGCACAUGGAUUUGGCUCCAAAGCCCCAACUCAUAAUAAAGAAAGUGUGUGCCUAGCA